AUGGCAAACGAAGAGGAAGAAAUACAAGGAGAUGGAUGGAACUUGGAUGAUUAUCCAAAUGAUAUUGAGUCACUUGAUUUGAUUCAUUUAAAAUUAAAAGAAAUUGUUUCUCUUCAUCUUGAACGAUUUAUUAAACUUAAAAUACUAUGUUUAAGACAAAAUCAAAUUGAUACGUUUCCUCAUCCUUCAAAUCUUCCGAUAAAUUUGGUAGAAUUGGAUCUUUACGAUAAUAAUAUUUCAUAUAUUCCAGAAUAUGUUGUAUUCCCAGAGUUGCAGACUCUGGACUUGAGUUUUAACUGUGUUAAACAUAUUCAACAUCUUGAAGAAUGUAAUAAGCUUAAAAAUUUGUACUUUGUACAAAAUAAAAUAUCAAAAAUUACAGGUUUAGAUAAAUUAGAGACACUAGUUAACCUUGAAUUGGGCGCAAAUCGUAUACGAACAAUUGAGAAUCUUGAAAAUCUGGUUCAUUUGGAAGAAUUAUGGCUUGGUAAAAAUAAAAUUACUGAACUUAAGGGUUUAAAAACACUUCAAAAUCUUCGUAUUCUUAGUUUACAAUCAAAUCGAUUGACAUCACUUAACGGUUUGGAAGCAUUAGGUGAUGUAUUAGAAGAACUAUAUGUUUCUCAUAAUGGAAUCGUAUCGAUUGAAGGACUUCAUGUUCUUAAACGGCUUCGAGUUUUGGAUAUUUCAAAUAAUAAAAUUGAAAAAUUGGAAUAUAUUAAUCAAAAUACAGAACUGCAGGAACUGUGGGCAAGUUACAAUCAAUUAUCUGAUUUUGAAAACAUUGAAAAAGAGUGUAAAAGUAUGAAAAAGUUGGUUACAAUUUAUCUAGAAGGGAAUCCUUUACAAAAAACGAAUGGACCUACAUAUAGGAAUAAAAUAAAAUUGAUUCUUCCUUGGAUAAAACAGAUUGAUGCUACAUGUGUACAAAUUUAAAUUUUAUUUUAUUUCCAAAAAAAUUAUUGAUUAACAAUUGAAUGUAUUUUUGCAUGACUUCUUUUCGAUGACUUUUCACAAUAUUUAAGUAACAUUUUUUCGGCUAAACAGGCUAAAAUACUUGUACACAUCAUAGCACAGAUAACUAAAUUACUUUUUUUAAAUGCAUCUUUUCCACGCAUUCCUUUAUACAGUGUAUAUGUUGUAAAAAUAGAUCCCAUAUUUCCUAAACCAGAAAGAAGGGCUGAUGAUGCGGCAAUAUUUAUAUUUGAUUGUGAUGUGAAAAUAUGAGCACCUAUAUUAUUUUUAAUAUUUUUCUAGUUUUAAAAAUAAUUCAUACACCAUGCCAUACAGAUGGGAACACUAGGGCCUAUUCCAAAUGCACUGGUUAACAGUCCUAUGUACUGAAUCCAUGUAUUCGAUGAAAAUGUUAAAAUAAGCAUACCGAUAAUAACAGUGAUACAACAAAAGAUAAAGGAUAUAAUUCGAGAUUUAUAAUAGUUAGAAAUAUUUAUUAUAGCUAUAGCACCAGUUAGAUUAGCCU